AUGUCCGACGAAGAAUUCGACAGUUUUGAAGCAGAAGACGGUGAUAGAGAUGAUGUUCAACCGAUAGAUGAUGACGAAAUCGCCGAUCGCCACCGCCCAAGAGAUCGUUGUGAUCUGUCAAUGGCAAUGACUCAAAAGCUAUUCGGAAAUCCGGGCGGUUCGAAUGUAAAUCAAGUAGAAUACGAAGAAAGUGCAUACGUGGAGCCGAGAAACCGAUUCGAAGAGAUUCUGAAAGAGGAAAAUGUACGAAUUAUCAAUGAGCAAGAAGACGGAAUGAUGGAUAUGGAUGUGGGCGAGAAAUGCGUUGUUUUUGGCGGAAAUUUGAAUCACGAAGAGCUUAUCCGCAAUUUGGAGCGACGAAUGGAAACCGAUCGUGGAGAACUUUUCAGAGAAUUCGAAAUCGCUUGUGAGGAGAGUCAAGAGACACUGCAGCUCUAUUUGAGCCCUUCUAAAAGCCCUCUCGGUCUGCAAGACACAAUCUUUCGCGCAUUCCUCCAAAUUCGUUCGACACAAACGAAAUCUUUCGAUCUUUUGCUCCAAAAGUUGAAUAUUUUGGCGAAAAAGACAGAGGAGUCGGAUUUGUUUCUGGCGCAAACAUGCGUUGCUCACAUGAGACAUUUGAAUCGUCUUUUCGAGCCACAGGCGGUUUUUAACACGAUUUUCGAGUUUGAAUGGAGAUUUUGGAGUCCGAAUGUUAGGAAUGAUCUGAUCGCAGCUUUACCGGAGAUCUUCACCGACAUUGCUCUCCAACAACACACCGCUCUUCGUCUCAACAAAGAGAUCGCAGAAACUCAAGGAAUCUCGGAUCUCCCAUCAUUUCAACUCCAAAUCGUCGAAACUCUGCGUCUCCUCCGUAUGGAUCAAGCGGUUUCGAGACAAAUUCGAAUGAAUUUAUGCAAUUCUUGUAUGGAAUUGGAUGUUCAUUGUCUUCCACAAAUUAUCGCUUUCUCGUUGGCAAGUCUGCUGAAUUCUGGUGGCAAGACCGAUGACGAUGAGAUGAAUUUCCACGAGAUGCUCCGACAGCUCUCGCGUCUUCUGAAAAUCGAGACGUUGAAGAAGAAGACUAACAAAUCCGACACUAUUGUAACGGAGAUUUUCGCUCAUUUUUUGAAAUUUUUGCAACUUGACAAGCGAUACUGGAAAUAUAUCAUAUCUUGGAUCUCCCGAAAAGCUAAAAAUCUGACGAUCAAAGAUGAGCCAGGAGAGGAAGAAGUCACUGAAGAGGAGCCUCCAGAAGAUCCCGCCACGUGGCUCACCACAUUCGAAGCAUUCCUUAUAUUCUCACUUCUCUCGAAUUGCGAUUCCUGUCCACAUGGAUUCGUGGCAGCUGUCAACACAAAAUUUCUGACAGUUCCUACUGUAUUUACCACCAAAUUUCUGAAAAUCGUCGACUUGAUGAUCUCAUUCAAACGAUUCUCCGCGUCCCACUUCAGCGCAUUGAUCCACGUGGCACGACACUGUUUCUGGUCUCCGGAUUCCACGAUUCGACAGAUGGGUGUGUCGCUUUGGAAGCAACUUUUUGUGGGAAUGGAGAAGAAAGAGAGAGUCAAGGUGUUCACGGAGCUUAUGAAGCAUUUUUCGCAGAGUGAAACCGAGUGUGAAGCUGUUCUUGAUGUACUCUUCAAAGUUAUUAAAUCUACGAAUUCUCAUGUGAUUCAAGAUUUUUCGGCUCAAAUUCAGGUUAAUUUUUAG